AUGGAUUUGAAAACAUUUGGUGGUCGGCGGAACUUUGUGUUUCGCAAUUGGGCUGGUAUCUAUUCCUCAAGACCAGAAUGGUACUUUCAGCCUUCCUCAGUCGACGAAGUUGUCGAAAUUGUCAAAGCUGCUAAACUAAAGAACAAGACUAUUGUUACAGUUGGCUCAGGCCACUCCCCUAGUAACAUGUGUGUUACCGACGAAUGGAUGAUGAACUUGGACAAGAUGAACAAGUUACUAGAUUUUGUGGAAAACGAGGAUAAGACAUACGCAGACGUUACUAUUCAAGGUGGUACUAGGUUGUAUAAGAUCCACAAAAUAUUAAGGGAAAAGGGAUACGCCAUGCAAAGUUUGGGGUCCAUUUCUGAACAAAGUAUUGGUGGUAUUAUCUCUACUGGUACUCAUGGUUCGUCUCCAUUCCAUGGUCUGGUAUCUUCUACUAUUGUCAACUUGACUGUUGUCAAUGGUAAAGGUGAAGUAUUAUUUUUAGACGAAAAGUCUAACCCUGAAGUUUUCAGGGCUGCUACUUUGUCGCUUGGUAAGAUUGGUAUUAUUGUGGGUGCAACUGUUCGUGUUGUUCCAGCUUUCAACAUUAAAUCAACCCAAGAAGUUAUCAAAUUUGAAACUCUUUUGGAAAAAUGGGACUCUCUCUGGACUUCUUCAGAGUUUAUCAGAAUUUGGUGGUACCCAUAUACACGUAAGUGUAUCCUUUGGAGAGGUGUAAAGACUAAUGAACCACAGACUAAGUCAAGAUAUUCGUGGUGGGGUUCUACUCUAGGUAGAUUUUUCUACCAGACUUUGUUGUUCAUAUCUACCAAGAUUUACCCACCUUUGACUCCAUAUGUUGAAAGAUUUGUCUUCAGAAGACAAUAUGGUGAAGUUGAAACCCUAGGUAAAGGUGAUGUGGCAAUUGAGGAUUCUGUUACUGGGUUCAACAUGGACUGUUUGUUUUCUCAGUUCGUUGAUGAAUGGGGUUGUCCAAUGGACAAUGGUUUAGAAGUCUUGCGUUCUCUUGACCACUCAAUUGCUCAAGCCGCUGCUAACAAGGAUUUCUAUGUACAUGUCCCAGUUGAGGUUCGUUGUGCAAACACAACUUUGCCAAAGGAACAACCUGAAACUUCUUUCCGUUCUAACACUAGUAGAGGUCCAGUUUACGGUAACCUAUUACGUCCUUACUUGGAUAACACCCCAUCUCAAUGCUCUUAUGCUCCUAUCCACAGUGUUACUAAUAGUCAGUUGACGCUAUACAUUAACGCGACAAUUUACAGACCAUUCCACACCAAUGCCCCAAUUCACAAGUGGUUCACCUUGUUUGAAGAUACAAUGUCUGCUGCUGGCGGUAAACCACAUUGGGCUAAGAACUUCUUGGGCUCUACCUCUUUUGCUCAAGGUCAAGUUAAGGCUGAAGGUCAAUACCAAGACUAUGAGAUGAGAGGUAUGGCUACAAGAGUCAAGGAAUGGUAUGGUUCAGACUUGGAAACCUUUAAGAAGGUUAGAAGAGAACAAGACCCAGACAACAUUUUCUUGGCAAACAAACAGUGGGCCUUGAUCAACGGUAUCAUUGAUGAAAACGAAUAA